AUGAGAGCAGCUGGAGUUAACAGAUACUGGACUCAUGUAAUAUCUUUGUUCCUCAUCUCCACAUCUGCUGCUGCUGCUGCAUCUGGUGGAAAUGAAACGGAUCAACUAGCAUUGUUGGCCUUCAAAGCAAAGAUUUCCGAUGAUCCUCUAGGAGUGUUUAGCUCCUGGAAUAUGUCUCUCCAUUUCUGCCUCUGGGAAGGUAUUACAUGCAACAAACAGCACCAAAGAGUCGUCAGCCUAAACCUCUCCUCGACAGGUCUGGUAGGUUCUUUGUGUCCUGAUAUAGGAAACAUGAGUUUUCUGCGUGAAAUCGAUCUUUACAACAACAGUCUUCAAGGCCCAAUUCCUCAAGAAGUAGACCGUCUUUUCAGGCUAAAAGUUCUAAGCUUAGGCCGUAAUGAUUUGGAAGGAAAGAUACCAGGCACCAUAGGACGUCUGAAAAGUUUAUUCUUUGUCGAUAUCUCUUCAAAUGAACUCUCUGGUAUGAUCCCUACUUCAAUUUUCAAUAUCUCGUCAUUGUCUUCCUUCAAUUUGGCCAGUAAUCAGCUUGAAGGAAGUAUACCAUCAGACAUCGGAUUGACUCUUCCAAAUCUGAAACUGAUUCGGUUAUCAUAUAACAAAUUAACUGGAAGCAUUCCUGCAUCGCUCUCUAAUGUUUCCAAACUUCAAGCUAUUGAAUUCCAGUCCAACAACUUAAGAGGCCCUGUAUCUGUGGAUUUUGGAAGAUUGCCGUAUCUUCAAUUACUACGCCUGUCGUAUAAUAAUCUAGGAUCUGGAGAAGAGGGUAACUUGAGUUUUCUUGAUCCACUCACCAAUUGCAGCAGAUUACUAAUAUUGGAACUAGAAAGCAAUAAUUUUCAAAGGUCAUUGCCCAGUUCAAUUGCUAAUCUAUCAACUACGCUACAAAUCAUAAGCUUAGCAUAUAAUCAGAUUUCUGGAAGCAUCCCUUCCGGGAUAGGUAAUUGUAUCAGCUUGAUUCUUUUAUCUUUACAAGGCAACAAGCUCACGGGCAUUAUUCCCUCUGAAAUUGCUAGGCUCGGGAAAUUGCAACGAGUUAUUCUUUCUAACAACAUGCUUUCAGGGAGCAUUCCUGCAUCCAUUGGGAACUUAUCUUUGCUGGACGAGAUUCAUUUAGAAGAUAAUCAAUUACAGGGAACAAUUCCGGCUGGUUUUGGAAACUGUCCAAUGUUGGUUUUCUUGGAUUUGUCUCGAAAUAACCUCAGUGGAACUAUACCUCGUAACUUAUUUUCUAUUUCCCCAUUUUCUGUGAAACUAAAUCUUUCUCGAAAUCAUUUAGUUGGAUCACUACCAGCAGCUAUUGGAGCUUUGGGAACUGUAGUUGAAUUGGAUGUCUCAGAAAAUGAGUUUUCUGGUUUUAUUCCAGUAGAGCUUGGUCGAUGCAUCUCCCUCAGUUCACUAUACAUGCAAGGGAACUUUAUUCAAGGUUACAUCCCUGAAUCAUUGACAAAUUUACGAGGUCUGCAAUAUAUUGAUUUUUCUCGUAACAAAUUAUCUGAGAAUAUCCCCGAUUUCUUUGGAGACCUAAUCUACGUGGAAUAUUUGAAUCUGAGCUGCAAUAAUCUCGCAGGAAAGGUGCCAAUGAUAGGGGUAUUUUCAAAUGCAAGUGCAUUUUCAAUAGUAGGUAACAAAAAGCUAUGUGGAGGGAUACCAGAACUGCGGCUCAAAAAAUGCAGUAAAAAAUAUAUUGGAACAUAUAACCAAAUUAUGGCUUGGGUACAGGUUUUCAUCUUGAUAGGCUCUAUACAAGAUCUUCUUAUCAUCAGUUGCGUAUUUAUGUCAUGGCAUAGAAGGAAAAGAAGGGAACAACUGAGAUACUCAGCAUCAAAUGUAAUGAUAUCCCCCAACAAAAUGUCAUAUGAGCUACUCCGUCAAGCAACCAAGGGAUUUUCACGAACCAACUUAGUCAGCGAGAGUGGUUUUGGGUUAGUGUAUAAAGGAAAACUUGAUCUUAAAUACAUUGGGAUACCUGAGGGGGAGAAAGCAGCUAUAGCAGUAAAGAUAUUUAACACUUUGAAUGAAGAAGCGGCCAACUGUUUCAUCACUGAGUGUGAAACCCUGAAAAAUAUUCGCCACAGAAAUAUUGUUAGAAUCAUAAGUACAUGUGAGAACCACAAAUUUAAAGCUAUUGUUUACGACUUCAUGAAGAAUGGGAGUUUAGAAGGGUGGCUGCAUUCAACAAGUAAAGCAUCUCAUGAUAAGCUCAACAUGCCUCAAAUACUGAACCUUGAUACCAAAAUAAACAUAGCGAUUGAUGUGGCUAGUGCACUUGAUUAUCUACAUACUCAAUUGGCCAAUCCCUUAAUACAUUGUAAUCUGAAGCCAAGCAAUAUUUUGCUAGAUAGAAACAUGACUGCACAUGUAUCAAAUUUUGGACUAGCGAAGUUUAAUACUGAGUUCAGCCUUACAAGCCAAAGCAUUUUAACUGGAUUUGAAGGAAACAGUGGAUAUGUACCUCCAGAGUAUGGUCUGGGAAGCAUGGUGUCAACUAAGGGGGAUGUCUACAGCUAUGGAAUAAUUUUACUGGAGAUGCUGACAGGAAAAAAGAUAACUGACCCUAUGUUUCAAAAUGGUUUUAAGCUUCAGAACUUUGUUUCCAAUGCCUUGUCUGAUGGUAUAAAGGGAAUUGUCAACCCAGUCAAUCUAUUUGAACUUACAAGAGAGAAUGCAGCAGAGGCGGAGGAUUGUCUAAGUAUACUUUUCAACAUUGGUCUGAAAUGUGCGCUGGACUUGCCACAGUUUCGACCAGACAUCAGUGAUAUCUUAAGCAUGUUGGAAACAGUUAGGAUCAUCUUCAAGGCCAAUACAGGUAGUCCGGAGGCCUAUGCUAACAAAACUUCCCAAGCUGCAGUUUUGAUGGCUCAAAGAAACAUGAAAUCUCUAUUAUUGUACGGGGACAAAAAGAUGCCUCCAGAUUCAAGAUCAAUGUCGAUAUCACCAUCGGUCACACUGUCAUUCAUGGAUAUCCAUAAAGCAACUAAUGGACUGUCAUCAACCAACUUACUAGGCGCAGGUGGUUUUGGCUCUGUUUAUAAAGCAACAUUUCAUCAAGAGAAUGUUCGUCUUCUCUUAAGGAAUAGUGGGAUAGAAGAUAGGAUUGGAACAGCUGUUGCAAUUAAAGUAUUUAACCUUCAGCGUAGAGGUGCAGCAAGAAGUUUCAAGACCGAGUAUAAAAUCUUAAGAAACAUUAGCCACAUGAAUCUUGUAAAGGUUAUAACUGCAUGUACAAGUAAAGAUCUGGAGGGUAACGAUUUUCAAGCUAUUCUUUAUGAGUUCAUGGAUAAUGGGAGUUUAGAAAUGUGGCUGCAUCCAACAAAUAAAACAUACCAUGAUGGAGCCAUCAGACCUCGAAUACUCAGCCUACAUGCCAGAAUAAAUUUAGUGAUUGGGAUAGCCUGUGCACUCAGUUAUCUUCAUUAUCAAUGUAAGAAUUGCAUAAUUCAUUGUGACCUAAAACCAAGCAACAUUUUGUUAGACAAAAACAUGGUCGCGCGUAUUGCAGAUUUUGGGCUGGCAAUUUCUCUUCCUGAAUCCCCAACUCUGAACCAAGGUAGCCAGUCCAGUGGAUUACGAGGAACCACUGGAUAUAUAGCUCCAGAGUAUGGACUAGGAUGCAAAAUGACAACCAAGGGCGACACAUACAGUUUUGGGAUUUUGUUAUUGGAGAUUUUGACAAGGAGGAAGCCUACUCAUCGUAUGUUUCGUGGAGGUCUUAACCUUCACAACUUUGUUUGGAUGGCUAUGCCUGACAAUGUGAUGGACAUUAUUGACCCGCUUAUGAUGGUAACGGCAUCUGCAAAUGAAGGGAAUGAGAAACAAGUAGAGGAAUGCCUGACUAGAUUGUUCAGUAUUGGUUUAGCAUGCUCUAAGCCAUCGCCGAAGGAUCGGCCAAGCAUGCUUUCCAUACUACAUGAGCUGGAGUCUAUUAGGAACAGCUUCUACAUUAAUUAGUAUGUGUUGCCUCACUUUUUAAACUAAUUACAUGAACUUUACUACCUUAAUACUGAUUUGUACUAUGCAUGAUAAUAUCACUAAAGAUCACUUGCAUAUUUUAUGGACGUUGAAAGAAUUAUUUCUUUAUUUAUUGAUGUAUGUUAUUUUUUUUUUCUAAGAAAUAGGUUAAUUUCCUGUAAAAGAAACAUACUGUAGUUGUGGAGCCAACAAU